AUUCAUAGCAUAGGCCUACAGCAUGGCAUACUGCAACAAUUCAAGCACAGUGAAGUUUGAAUGGCCAGAAGGUCUUGGGAGGUCACUGUUCACUUGUAGCCCAACUCAGCAACUCUCUGCUAUAUAAAACUAUUAUCUCGAUGUGCUUUUCUCAAGUAUGCCUAUGCUAUUGUUUACACUGGAAACUGUAGGAAACAAACGUUUACAAAAGUAUUACGACCACGAGUUCACAUGACGUUGUAGCUUUUUGGAGGGGGGGGAAUGACGAGAAGUUAAGGGUUAAUAAGGCCAGAGUGUGGGGGAAGGGAAAGUUCAAUGGCCUGCUUGCUCUUCUCCAGCUCGCGCUUCAGAAAUGAGUGGGCGUAUGGGUAAUGAAGUACAAGCUUACUGGAGUCGAUGGUUUUUAUUUCGUUAUAUAGCUCAUAUAUAUUUGUGGUAUAAACAUCACGUCUUAAAUGUUCAAACGUAUGUUUAAAAUUGAUCUAAACAAAACCCAUUAGUGAAAUACCACUAAACAUUACCACUUCGUGUUACAAAAGAACUUCAAGUUCCAACAUUCUACAGAUAAUGUACGCAGGCGCCGUAACUGCGGACGUGUGAACCAGCUAGCCAUGAAUGGGGUGAGGGGGGAGACGGGUAGCUAUGUGGAUCAUAACUGGAGGUUAAAUCUUUGAUUAUACAGCCAUGGAUUACUUCAGAAUUUGAUUUUAUAAGCCCGUUUCGUUUGCUUUUUGGUUGGUGCCUUCGGGUAUUGGAUAACGCUGGUGGAUAUUGGGCCACCUUUGAGUCACUAUUCUCACCGUGAGAGUUAGCGCCUGAAGAAAACAAGCACCGACUCCCAACAACCAGCUGCAAAAUGCCACGGGACAUCAAACCGUCUUUAAUCCAGAAAAUCGCCACUCAAGCCUACGCCACCUUCAAAAACUUCGGGGCGGGCGCCAUAGCGGACAACAAGGUCUUUUUGGAUAACCAAACCAAGCUGGCAACGCUAGUCACGGAUAUCAGGGCUGCGGACCUAAAGAUAGUGCCUCCGAAAAGCAAAGCCUCCAAACCAAGCCUCCAUAACCCCCCUGUCACUUACAUGCACAUAUGCGAAACUGACGCCUUCAGCAUGGGGGUGUUUCUGCUCAAAGGGGGGGCAUCAAUUCCUCUCCACGACCACCCAGGUAUGAACGGAGUUUUGAAAGUUCUUUAUGGCAAGGUCAACAUACAGUGCUUCGACAAGUUUGAUAAACCAAGCGAUGCGGAGAGCAUUCCCCUCUUCGACCCGCCACUGCUGCCCUUCCAGAGAGAUUCAGUGAUGCGAUCCGUGGUGAGGUCGACAGGUGAAUACACGGAGGACAGUGGUCCCUGCGUCUUGAGCCCCGAUAAGGAUAACCUUCACCAGAUAGACGCCGUGGAAGGACCCGCUGCGUUCCUCGACAUCUUGGCACCACCUUACGACCCCGACGACGGGAGAGACUGUCACUAUUUCAAAGUUUUACAGUCCGUGUCAAAUGCGGUGGACAGAACUGCAGACCAAACCGUGGAAGGGGAAACAUGGCUCAUGGAAGUUCCUCAACCGCAGGAGUUCUGGUGCGGGGGCGAGCCUUACCCCGGCCCUGAAGUGUCUGUCUAAAUGAAACUUGCCCACGCCGUGGACACCUGCGCGUGUUGGGCACCGUGACACGCUAUGGCACUUAAACAAAAUCUAAGCUUGCUGGGGAGAACCAAGAAUGAAUACCUUAACAGCUUAUACUGCUUUUAAAUAUCAAAGUCGAGAGGGAAUUAUCUCAAAAACACCUAUCUGCUGGGUCCAGCAUCUGUUGCAUUUCGACCAUCAUUAGUGUCUAAAAUGAACAUUACUUUUCUCACUUGCAUGCUGUCAAGAUGGCCCGAUGUUGAUGAGCAGAGUUCUUAAAUCUGUCAGCCUGUGAUGAUGAUUAACUUGUCCUUAACUCCAGUGUAAAUAUUGAAUGUAAACAUGCUUUAAAGGCAUUAAUCCUGGUCCAAGUGCACACUUCACGUAUAUCCCUUAACUUCUAGUUGAUAAUUUAUUUUGAAAUGGGAAAAAAUAUGUAUAGGCUUACAUCAGCACUUAUUUUUGCGCCGUGUUUAUAUGAACAUUAUGGCUUUGAUCACAAUUAAA